AUGAUGAAAUGCAUUUGCUCCGGAGAGCACUUAACAGUAGACGAAAUAAUUCAUUCAUCGGAGUCCCUGGCGACUCGGGAUUAUUCAGCAAGUGGGUAUUCUUCUCGGCCAGGCGAGGCUGACCCUAAGUUGGACACCAGCAAUAUAGAAGAGGCUGAAUCAUCUCUUCGUGAGAGUGGAUUUUUGAAUUAUGAGGAAGCUAGAGCUUUAUUGGGGCGACUUGAGUAUCAAAAAGGGAACAUAGAGGGUGCCCUUAGUGUUUUUGAAGGAAUUGAUAUUGCAGCAGUGAUUCCUAAGAUAAAAAUCACCAUAGCUAGAAGAUGCGAGCUCCCUAGACGUCAUUCUCAAAGUGACGCUACCCCAGCUAUGUCUAUCCAUGCAGUAAGUUUGCUCUUUGAAGCAAUUUUUCUAAAAGCAAAAUCACUGCAGGCUCUUGGAAGGUUUACAGAAGCGGCUCAAUCAUGCAAGGCGAUAUUGGACACUGUUGAAUCUGCAAUCCCCGAUGGCUUGCCCGAAAAUUUUUCUUUUGAUUGUAAAUUGCUUGAGACCUUAAACAAAGCUGUCGAGUUACUUCCAGAGCUAUGGAAGCUUGCUUAUACUCCUCAAGAAGCAAUUUUAGCCUAUAGGCGGGCAUUACUUUAUCAAUGGAAUCUUGAUAUAGAAACCAGAACUAAAGUCGAAAAGGACUUUGCUAUAUUCCUCCUUUAUAGUGGUAAUGAUGCAACCCCUCCAAAUCUUCGUGUACAGAUGGAGGGUGCCUUCAUACCUAGAAACAAUAUAGAAGAGGCUGUUCUCCUACUACUACUAAUUCUCCAAAAAUUUAGCCUCAAAAGGAUUGAAUGGGAUCCAUCAAUCUUGAAUCACCUCUUUUUUGCAUUAUCUAUAGCAGGCGAAUUUCAGUCCCUUGCCUAUCAGGUUGAAGAGUUGCCUCCGGGAAUCAUCGAAGAAAAAGAAAAAUACAAUUUUUUAGCUCUGUCUUACUAUGCGGAAGGUGACAAUGUGAUUGCUUUAAAUUUGUUGAGGAACCUAUUGAAUAAUAGAGAGAACCAUAACUCUACUUCUGAAUUAUUAUUGGCUUCAAAGAUUUGCACAGAGAUUCCUAACAGCCUUGAAGAAGGAAUAGGAUAUGUCUACAAACUCUUUUCUGACUUCGAUGAGAAAUGUGAUGAGAUGGCUAGUGUUGCAAAUUGUUUACUAGGUGUCUCUCUUUCAGUUCAAUCUAGAGGUGUCGGUUCUGAUUCUCAGAGGACAUUGAAACAAUCUAAAGCACUUGAGGCGCUUGACACUGCACAAAGAAUGACGACGGAGAAAAAUGUUUGUGUUUUGUAUCACCUAACUCUAGAAAAUGCCGAACAGAGAAAGUUGGAUGUUGCCCUUCAUUAUGCAAAACAGCUCUUGAAACUGGAGGCUGGGUCUAGCAUAAAGGGAUGGAUUCUUCUUGCUCGUAUUUUGUCAGCUCAGAAAAGGUAUGUAGAUGCCGAGAACAUAAUUGAUGCUGCUCUGGAUGAGACGGGAAAUUGGGAUCAAGGAGAAUUGCUACGGACUAAGGCCAAACUGCAGAUUGCACGGGGAAAUUUAAGGGAUGCAGUUGAGACAUAUACUAAACUUCUUGCUGUCCUUCAAGUCCAGAGAAAAGGUUUUGGAAUCCAGAAAAAGCUUUUAAAGAACAGGAGGAACAGUAACAGGAGUUUAGAAAUGGAAACAUGGCAUGAUCUAGCAAAUGUUUAUACAAGCUUGUGUCAAUGGCGGGAUGCUGAAAUUUGUCUUUCAAAAUCUGAGGCCAUCAGUUCACAUUCUGCUUCUAGAUGGCAUUCCACAGGUUUACUUUACGAAGCAAAAGGUCUCCACAAGGAGGCUCUCGUGUCUUUCGGGAAGGCCCUAGAUAUUGAACCGAACCAUGUUCCGAGUUUGAUAUCUACAGCUGUUGUUCUUAGGCAAUUAAGCGACCAAUCACUGGCAGUUGCAAAAAGCUUUCUGACUGAUGCAUUGCGGCUCGAAAGAACUAAUCCUUCUGCAUGGUACAAUCUUGGGCUACUCUACAGGAGUGAGGGUAGUUCAGUAAUGGAAGCCGCUGAGUGUUUUGAGGCUGCAGCCCUUCUCCAAGAAUCUAACCCGGUCGAACCUUUUAGAUGA